CCGGGAGCUCCGUGCCUCUUAGUGCGGGUCUUCGCCGCUGCUCGCCUGCCUUUCGUUUCCCGUUCCUUCAGAAAGCGCGGUGCUUUGGACUGCUCUCGCCUCUUACUGUUGACAGCUCGGCUCCUCGCAGUCAUCCUUUCAAAACCCACCUCUGCAUGUAUCUUGUGUGUUGCCUUCGUUGGUCUGUGGCCUCCGGGGCGGGAUCCGUGUUGGAUGUUUAAUCUCCCACACCCGAGGGCUUGAUCCAGAGAAGGAACAGAGGAGGCAGCAGACACUUCUUAAAGUUAUGCCGCUCCAUGGACUCCCAGCCUUCUCCAGUUUCGUCUGUUUCCUGGAAUCAUCCUGGAUGCUUCUCUCACCCCGUGGCUUCUUGCCACCAGAUGUCCUCUCUGUCACGUGAUGAUGGUGCCUGUCCCCACUGGCAUGUGAGCGUGGGUCAUCGUUCGUAGCUUUGCUUGCUGUGGUGUUCCUAGUGCCCAGGCUGGGGCUUGGUUGUUCGGCCUCGAAGGACAGCAAGAAGCAGUGUCUCCCAUGGCUUCCCUGGUAGCUUACGAUGACUCGGACUCCGAGGCUGAGCCUGAACCCGCUGCUGGUCAGAUGAGAGACACUCUGGGCGUGGCCAAGCCUCCUGGGCAGGGACUUGCAUCUGGUGUCCUCACGGGUGGUGCCCAGCCCGCAAGGGACGGUCCUUGUGCAGACCCAGGGAGCCAUCGCCUCCCGCUGGCCCGGCUUGGGAGCAGCGACCGGGGGUCUUGCCCCAGCCAGAGGCUGCAGUGGCCCAGGAAGGAACCUGACGUUGCCCUCCCCGCCUGUGGGCCACCUCGCCCUUCCCUGUGGACAAGCCACAUGCCAGCCAGCCACACACCCCUGACAGCUGCCCGCUGGGAGCAGCUGAAGCUCUCGCGGGACUUGCCGAAGUUGCCUUCCCGUGCUCAAAACGCGUCUGAAGCCACAGCACGUCGCGGCGGCCCUUUCCAGAGGAAGAGGCGUGAGGACGGUGUUGUGCCCUACGUCCCCAAAAGACUCAGGCACCUGCGGGCGCCGGGCUCCCAGGCAGGCAAGAGUGCUGGUGGGGAACCUAAGGGCCCCCCGGCAGGACGUGCCCCAGCUCCCCUCUGCGUGGACCCCGGGGUGUCGGAGUUUAUCCAGCCAUAUCUGAACAGUGCGUAUAAAGAAACCACGGUGCCCAGGAAGAUGCUUUUCCACCUGAGAGGCCACAGGGGCCCUGUCAACAGCAUCCAGUGGUGCCCAGUCCUCGCUGCAAGCCACAUGCUUCUCUCCACGUCAAUGGAUAAAACCUUCAAGGUGUGGAAUGCUGUGGACUCGGGGCACUGCCUUCAGACCUACUUCCUGCACAGCGAGGCCGUGCGGGCCGCCCGGUGGUCUCCCUGUGGCCGGCACGUGCUCAGCGGCGGCUUCGACUUUGCCCUGCGCCUGACAGACCUUGAAACAGGAAGCCAGCUAUUUAGUGGUCAAAGUGACUUUAGAAUCACAACCUUGAAGUUUCAUCCAAAAGACCACAGCGUUUUUUUAUGUGGCGGCUUCAGCUCUGAAAUGAAAGCGUGGGAUAUAAGGACCGGCAAGGUGGUGAGACGCUACAAGGCGACCAUCCAGCAGACCCUGGACAUCCUGUUCCUCCGGGAAGGAUCCGAGUUCCUGAGCAGCACAGACGCGUCCACGCGGGACUCCGCUGACCGCACCAUCAUUGCCUGGGAUUUCCGGACCUCCGCCAAAAUCUCCAACCAGAUUUUCCACGAGAGAUACACCUGUCCGAGCCUCGCCCUGCACCCGAGGGAGCCGGUGUUCCUGGCACAGACCAACGGCAACUACCUGGCGCUCUUCUCAGCCGUAUGGCCCUACCGGAUGAGCAGAAGGCGGCGCUACGAAGGGCACAAGGUGGAGGGCUACUCCGUGGGCUGCGAGUGCUCGCCGUGUGGUGACCUGCUGGUGACGGGCAGCGCCGACGGCCGCGUGCUCAUGUACAGCUUCCGCACGGCCAGCCGGGCAUGCAUGCUGCAGGCGCACACACAGGCCUGCGUGGGAACCACCUACCACCCCGUGCUGCCCUCCGUCCUGGCCACCUGCUCCUGGGGAGGCGAAGUGAAGGUCUGGCACUGAGCCUCCGACGUCAAGCUUCUGGUGCCAGGGACCCUGGCCUCUCCUCCCUGGCGAGUGGGAGCCCAGCGGGUGCAGGGAUUGGCCGGAGGCCAGAUCUGGGCGGAGGCUGCCCCCACCCUCUGAGUCUCCGUUUCCUGUUCUGUUAAAUGGGGGGACACAUCUGUUUGGCUUAGGGUUGUGAGAACUGUGUUCGUGACAGCUCCUGGCAGGUGCCACUGGUACUCAAUAAAUGUGAGCAUUUUGCUGUUUCUGAA